AUGGAGUCUCAAGUCGUGGCGUUGAAUUCGGAUAUCCAUCGGUGGAGAAAGUGCUCGAUUUCUGAAAUUGUUAAGAUUCUACAACUUCGCUUACUGUUCUUCAGUGCUGGAAACAUCCGAGAACACGAGUUCUUCAGCCGAAAAUUCGAUGCUGAGUUAAUGCCAAUCGGAAGACAUGGUCUUACUGCUGGAUGGCUCAUUGAAUCGUUGGGAGCACUGUUGGAUAGUGACAAGGUCCGGAACAUCAAGUGCAAGCAACUCGGAUCCGACGGUUUUGUAUCUCAAAUCAUGCGCGUUACUGUGGAAUUCAAAAACAACCAGAAGCACAAGUAUAUUGUGAAAAUGCCUGAAACCACUAACAUCAAAGCAGCUUUGGAAAUGACCACUAAUCAAAAGAUGCCAGAAGGAGCUGACGAGCAAUUCAUUGGUGGAUUGACAAUGUUCUUCAACAGAGAAGUCGAAUUCUAUUUGAUGGACAAGAUUCCAGGAUUGAGACUUCCUAGAUGUUUCCAUUCUCAACAAUGGAAUCAUGGAAAAACAACUGGAGCUAUUGUAAUGCAAGAUUUGGAAGGAAUGGUCAGUGUACCGUACUACGAGUCACUCAAUCUUCAACAAAUCGCUUCCAUCGGCUGCCAAAUGCUCAACCUUCACUUGUUCUCCAUUGAUUUAUCUGAUGACUGGAAGCAAAAGUUCCCGUUCCCAAUGGAAUUUAUCGAUACCGUAUCCAACAUGACUGACAUUGUCAAGUUGUAUGUGUCUCGGAAUCCGGAACUUGAGGAAACAUUCUCACGUGUUGAGAAGAUGUACAGUAGCCGCGAAUUGUUUGUGAAGGUGCUGCGCGAUUCACACGAAGCGUUGGAAAUCGACACAUUCCUCUGUCAUGGAGACCUCUGGUUUUACAAUCUCAUGUGGAUCCCAACUGUGGAUGGAAGUGAGGAAGCUUCCAACCACCUCGGAGCAAUCAUUGACUGGCAGAAUGUGCACACUGGAAGCAUUGCUGAAGACUUUUGUCAUAUGCUCACCUUCUGCUGCGAUACAGAAACCCGACGAUUGGCUGAGAAAGUUUUCCUUCCAUACUAUUUCAAAUUGCUACAGGCAAAGGCCAAGGAUGCUGGAAAGGAGCUGAAAAUGACACUCAACCAAUUUAUGAGAGCUUACCGCCGUAACUUCAUUGCUCACGCACUUCAUCUUCCGUUCAUAACUUCUAUCAUGCUCUGUGUCAAACCAGCUGACGACGAGAUUGUGCAACAAAAUAGGAAUCAGCAACUCCUCCGAAAAGUACUUGGCGCCUGGGACGAUGCUCUUGACGCUUUCCAUGAGGAGUAUCCAGAUUUCGAUUUCUUGUGGAACCUUCUACAGUAUGGAUUUGCCUCAUACCUUGGUAUUCGUGUACUCAAAUUCCUUUUCAUUAUUUGCAAAAGCAUUCUAGUGCAUUUUAUCACACCAAAACACGAUUUGGAAUAUUUGAAGGACAGUUGGACAGUGAUCACCGGAGGUACAGAUGGUAUCGGAAGAGCAUAUAUUGAAGAGUUGUGCAAGGAAAGAGGUCUCAGAAAGUUCUACCUAAUUGGGCGCAAUAUAAACAAAUUGAAUAAAACUAAACAGGAGCUCGUGGAGCAAUAUGGAUGUGAAGUUAUGCUUCAUGUGCAUGAUUUCGAAAAGGACGACUUAUCAAAUUUGCCAAAAGACCUUUCCACACUAGAUAUUGGGAUUUUGAUCAAUUGCGCUGGAAUUGCUCCACACAUCAUUGGAACACUCACAGAGCUUCCAGAGGGAUUGGCUUCCACUAUUCUUCGAGUCAAUCUGAUGUCUGCUGUUAAGAUGACCGAGAUUGUUCUCCCAAACAUGGUCAAAAAAAAGCAAGGAAUCAUUGUUAACAUCUCUUCAAUGACUGGUUGGCGUCCACUUCCAUAUCUCAGCUCCUAUCCAGCUAGUAAAGCAGCACUAUCCUUUUUCUCUGAUUCUCUAUCCGAUGAAUACCGUGGUACCGGAGUUCGUGUUCAAUGCCUUAUCCCAAUGCUGGUCGCCACAAAAGUAGCAUCGUAUGAAGCCGAAGAGGCCAACAAUAUUUUCGUGGUAACUCCAGAAAACUUUGCAAAGCAAGCUGUCAGAAUUAUCGGAACCCACUGGGAGAUUACUACCGGAUGUGUGCAGCAUGAUGUUCAGGUCGCUUUCGGAACACUCUUCUCCUUCUGGUUCUUCAAAGUUCUCUUCGUCCCAGUGGUAAUGCUUGGAGUUCAUAAACAUCGCGUUGCCUCAUAUCAAGCUAAGAAUUCUGGAAAGGAUAAAUAA